AUGAGGGCCCUCGUUUAUCACGGGAAGGAGAAAUGCGGGGUCGUCGAGAGACCUAAGCCGACGGUGUCCGCACCCACUGAUGCCGUCGUCAAGUUAUCCAAGACUACCAUUUGUGGAACGGACCUUCAUAUUCUCAAGGGUGACGUAUCUAGCGUCCAACCCGGCCGCAUCCUGGGGCACGAGGGUCUCGGCACCAUCGAGUCCGUUGGAACGAGUGUGUCCAUGUUCAAGCCCGGGGACCGAGUCAUCAUCUCCUGUAUUACUUCCUGUGGGACAUGCGCCAUGUGUCGGCGGAGAAUUGCGUCGCACUGUACGACGGGCGGAUGGAUUCUCGGUAACACCAUCGACGGCACUCAGGCAGAGUUCGUGCGCAUCCCGCAUGCAGAUGCGUCGCUAUACCGCCUUCCGACUGGUGCUGAUGAGGACGAGCUUGUGAUGGUCAGUGAUGUGCUACCCACAGCACUCGAGUGCGGGACGAUCAAUGGGAAAGUGCGACCUGGGUCCAGCGUCGCUAUCGUCGGUGCGGGACCUGUUGGGCUUGCGGUAUUGAUUACGGCGCAAUUAUACUCGCCGUCGACGACCAUUGUUAUCGAUCGUGACCCAGAGCGGCUCGAGGCAGCGAAGAAACUCGGGGCAACUCAUAUUGUGCAGUCGGGUCCGACUACGGUGCAACAGGUCAUGGAAAUUACCGAAGGAAAUGGCGUUGACACAGCGGUCGAGGCUGUUGGUAUCUCCUCGACGUUUGAGCUGUGCCAGGAGCUUAUUGGAGUUGGUGGGACAAUUGCAAAUCUGGGUGUUCACGGAGGAAAGGUUGAUCUGCACUUGGAGAAGCUGUGGGACAGGAAUAUUGCCAUUAAGACACGCCUCGUUGAUGCUGUAACUUCGCCCAUGAUAAUCAAGCUCUUGGAAACGAAGAAAUUGGACGCAAAGUCGUUGACGACUCAUACUUUCCAUUUUGGAGACAUCGAGUCCGCGUAUGCGUCCUUCAAGGCAGCAGCAGAGAACAAAGCAUUGAAAGUAGUCAUCAACUUCUAA